AAAUUUAAAGGGAAUCCCGAACACCGAAAACGAGUAUGGAUGUAUCUGAUGAAGAUGAAGAUGUUAUGUUUGAAUAAUAUUAUGUUAAUACCAUAAUUUUAGCAUUCCCCGCUGUAUCAUAGCCUGAAGGAAGCUGGUUUGAAAGAUGCCGAUCUGCACGUGCAUAAAGAAGCACCUGUUCGACCCCCAGGACCACCACACACACAGGAUGACAAUAAAAGAUGGAGGCUUUCAUUACAUUUUCUAAGGAGAAUCAUCCUGACUGUGAUCGGACUGUCAGUGUUGUCAGAGGACCUUCAGAGACUUACAAGUUUUUACAAAGCAGAGGUUUUGGAAUUGAUACUGCAAUCAAAGCUUUUGACAGAGGAAGACAGAGACUUUUUGAGUACAGCUUUACUUAUACCAAACAGACCUUCCCACAGGCUCACAGUCAGACCUACAAUGCACUCGGACCCACAAUUUUGGUGACCCUUUCCCUGCCUUGCCUCCUGGCCUACUUGUAUGGGCGUGUGGUAUACCCAGAGAUGCCAUGGAAGUAUCGCAGCCUAACGGACGUGACAGCAAGUCUUUGUUUGUGUUACAUGGUGGUAAUGAUCACCAGAUGGGCUGUGCUGUACCAUCAUCAGACAAGACUAACCAGGGCCUCCCAGCAUAUUCACCAGCUUGUCAGCUGCUGUGAGGGACUGUUGCGUAGCACAAAACGAGCCUUAAGAUUGGUCCAGGAGGCAGAGUUAGUCGCACGAGGAUUUACUCUAGUGAGUCAACAGAGCCCAGUAAGCAGGCUGGAACAGAACAGUCUCCACAGUACCCAGCGACAGUGCCCAAGGUUACGGGCCUCUCUCUUCCUCGUUGCUAGGAAAACCAUGCUUCUGGCCAAAGAUAAGACCAUGCUCCUCAUCAACUGUUAUCCCCUGGGUGGGGAUAUCGAUGUUUCCUUAAACUACCUUGCCCAAGUACCUGUCCAUGAGUAUGGACCUUGUGUACAGACUGAUGGAGAGGGGGAGGAAGGCAAGUCACAGCUGUAUGACAUCACUGAUGGAUUCUCUGUGGCGUCAUUAAAGGGGAUCAAACAUUUAUGUGACCUGCAUAUAUCUGAGCUGUUCCGACGUUUAACCAUCUCCCUAUGUUAUUCAGGUGACAUCAGUCUGAAACUUGGGACGACGGAGGUGGAGACCAUUUUGUCUGGUAUUUACGACCCGCUGUCUGAGGAGGGACAAACACUACAGCAGAUGUACGACUCUCACACUUGUUUGAUAGAUGGGAAGGGAACACAAACCCCCAAGUAUGUCCCUCCUAAUGAGGAACACCCUCUUAGAGAGACAUAUAUGGCGGUCCAUAGUCUAGAUCUUCAUCUACAGGCUGCCUGGCUCAGAGUACGGUCAUUAUCCUCCCUUUUGGAGACUCACCUUGAACAGGGUAAUGUAGGUCAUCUUGAAGGUUGUACUGACCAUCAGUUCAGAGUGGACGAGGCCUAUGACAAGCUCCGCCUCCAGGUAAAACAUGAACUGCAUGCCUGUAAGACCUGCUGGGAAGAAGGGAUCAGUCGACUUGAGAAACUGGAGAAGGUCAAGGCCAAGAAAGAAGAACCAGUAAAGGCCGAUACAUCUUCCAAGGAAGUCCAGUCCAAGGCCCCACCCAUACCUUUGUUUGAAAUGGGUGACCCCAUAAUAGAGGAUCAGGUUUUUGAAGCCUACAUCACAGAAGACCCUGUUGAAAGCUACCACAACAGCUGGGAUGAAUUCAUGACACCAGAAGAAAAGGAGAGAAAGAAGAAAGAAAAACAAGAAGCAAUGAGACUUCUUACAGAGUUGAAAUCUGUGAUUUCUGUGCGUGCCACAGAACGAGAAAUACGAGAAAACAAAGCAUUAGAGAAGGCCAGAUCUCAAAUUAAUGGGCCAACGUCUGGUACAGAUGGUGAAUCUCGUACUUCUUCAGGGGCCGACGCUCAACCAGGAAAGGUGAUUAGCGACGGGAAAAUGACUGAUAAAAGUGUUAUACAGACAACAAGUAACAUAGAAGGCACAGUUUGUCUUCAUUGUGGUCUUGAGAGGCUGCAGUGUGACCUUGAGAGCCUGCAGUGUGACCUUGAGACACAGUCAUCUAACAGUAAAACUGUAAUGUGUAAUUGUACAAUCACAGAACCAGGUCUUCAGAUGUUUGGACAGUUAAAGGACUGUAAUGGCACAGACGAUUCGAUGGAAUGUAAACAAACUGAAUGUGAUAAUCAAUCAGAAACUGAAAAUGAGGAAUCAAAUUGUAGUAUAAAUGAGCAUGAUAUCAAAAGGACUGAAAAAUGGAUUCAGGAUAGAUCAGGGGAGGAAAGCCAGGACUCAGAGGAGGAAGGUUUCUCCAGGAUGUACAAUCAACGCAAAGUGAGACUUCCCGAAUACACAGACUCAGAAUCUGAUGGGGGUGAAGAACUUGUUAAGAAUUUCUGUAGUAUUAUUCAGUCAAAACAUGUUCGGUGUAAUGAUGAAGACAAUUCUAGUAUACCCGAUGAUAAUGACAGUAACUACAACCCAAUGAUAAAAGAUCAGGAGUCACUAGCUGAAAGGAUGGCACGUCUGUCAGGGGCAAACAUUUCCUUCUCUUCUAAUGUGGCUGCCAUGGCAGCAGCAAGAUCACGUGACAUGGGCCUGUCUGAGGCUACCUUUGGAGAUGACGAUGACAGUGAUGAGUUUUAAAGGACUGGGAGUUGUGCUCCUGUGACAAAGUGUGUGCAAUAUUUAUAUGUAUUUAUAAACUAUUAAAGUGGCCAAACUUUU